AAUCAUCAUUAUAUGGCAGAAGUUAAACCUCCAAGAGAAUCUUUGGUGAAAUAUGAAAAUCCUAUAGAAGUUAGUAUUACCAAUGAUGUCACUAGAGGAUUGUAAGGAAAAAAGAAAGCAUAACUUUCACCUUUAGAAUCAAAACCAAAUACAGAAGUAAGAAAUCACAUCAGUUUAGGAUAUUUUAAAUGCCAUAUUACCUCCAAUUGAAUGGGAUCAUGAUGGAAAGCAUUUUAUUUAAUAUGUUUCACAUGUUCCAGCAACAAGGGAAGAUGUUGGAAACUUAUAAAAACUUCUUGAUGAGAGAUUAUUAGCUAGAUAAGCUAGGUAAUUAUAUCUGUUAUUUAAUAAUUUUAGAGAAACUGGUAUCUGUCCAAUAAGAGAAGAAUUAUUAAGUUAAUGUUUUGAUGAGAUUAUAAGACAAGUUACAAUUGAUUGUCCAGAAAGAGGUAAUCAAAUAAAAUAACAAUCAAAUAGGAUUAUUAUUGAUGAGAGUCAGAGAUGAACUAAAAAUGACUAUAGCUGCUUAUUAAACAUUAUAUAAUUCAUCUGUUACAUUUGGAAUGAGAAAAUAAUUGUAGGCUGAGAUGGGAAAAAGUGAAUUGGAAGAAAAGAUAGUUUAAUUAGAGUAAAGGAAAUAAAAACUUGAAGAAAAGGUAAAUUAAUCUUUAUAUUACAAUUCAGAGAAUUGAUUUGCUAAAUAAGAAGGAUUCUUUGGAUAAGAAAAUUAAAGAAAGAAAUUAAAUUGAAGAAUAAAAAAGGAAAUAAGAAAUUGAAUUUCUCAAAUAUUAAGGAUAACACUUAGAAGCCUUCUUAAAAUCCGUUUAACCUGAAUUGAAGUGA